AUGGUUCGUUCGGAUAGCGCAGAUGAAGAUCACAUGAUGAACGAGGACGGUUUCGAUCUAAUCGAAGAGGACGAAGAAAUGAGCACCGGCUCGACGAUGGCGGCGGCGGCGGCGACGACGACGACGACACUGCCCGUCAUGGUACCCGAAUGGGGCUCGUCGCCGUCGUCGGGCGGCGGAUGCGCGUUCGAUUUCGCCGUGAAGAGCACACUGCGCGGUGUCCUGCCGGCGGUCGGCCACGCGCCGCUGCUUUCCAAUCGGUCGUUAUCGCAACCGGCGGCGCCGUUGUCACCGGCGAACCUUGAUCCCGACCGAAGGUUGAGGCGUCAAAUCGCGAAUUGCAACGAGCGUCGACGAAUGCAGAGCAUCAACGCGGGCUUCAUGUCGCUUCGCGCGCUUCUACCGCGCAAGGAGGGCGAGAAGCUGUCGAAGGCGGCGAUUCUCCAGCAGACCGCCGAUCUCAUCAAUCAUCUCAAACAGCAGCAACACCAAUCGAACGACGACAACAACGCGAUGGGUGGCGGUGAGGCGAAGAAGGCGAAACUCGACGUCGACGAUCAACGGCAGCGAAUCGCCGAAUUGGAGUGUUGUCUAGAAACCGAGCGGAGCAUGCGAAAGCGUCUCGAGCAGCAAGUGGCGCAACUCCGCGAGCUGCUCGCCAAUGCGACGAGUGUGGUGUCGGGCGGCACACCGCCAACGCCAACGUACAACACGAUGGACGUCGAACGCAAAAUGUCGUCGAUCGUCGACACGCCGCCGAUGUCGUUGCUCAAUCUGCGCGUCUCGCCGCCGUCGGUCGAGACGAGCCCGAUGAAAGUCGGCGGCAGCGCGUUCGCCAAUUUGGAGUCGUCCGUCAUUCGGCCGACGCCGUUCGCGCCGAUCACCGGUAAGUGUCGAACGAGGCGAUCAAUGCGAUUCGAUUCGAUUGAAGUGUCGUCGCCGUCGCUGUCGACGCCGUCGCCGCUCGCCGCCACCACGCAAAUGCUGUUUCCGUCGCAAUCGACGGCGGCGUCGCCGCAACCGCCCGUCACCUCGUCGACCGCCGCCACCAACACCAACACCACCACCAAUAUUCUGUUGCCAACGCCGACGGUCGGCCACGGACAGCCGUCAGCAUUCGUGCGAACCCAAUCGAGCAUCGCCGCCCAUCACACGCUGCAGACGAUUCUCGACGCGAUUCGCCAUCUCGAAGGCGGCGCCUAUCACGGACCAUCGCCGCCGCCGCCGCCCACCUCGCAAACCUCGCUGGUCCGCUGA